UGGAAAGUGACUCGCAAACGAAUUUCUGGCUUAUCUUUCAACAUUUAAUAGUUCAAAUAUUUCAUUUUUCGGCCAUCGUCUGAUUUGAAGUUAUCUGGUAUGGAAAAACAGACAACACCACCAGUUGUUAUGGAGGGAGCAUCACACCAUCACUCUAAACUCUUUGUUGACAAGGCUCAGCAGAUCAGAGAGAGCAUUGGGAGAGAUAGUGCUGAGGUGGACACCCCUAUGAACGUUGUUACCCAGAGCAUCCAGUCUGACAUUGAGGUAACUCUGUCAAAGACCAGGAGCUGUUUGGGUGGAGAGACCGCUAAGAUGAAGACUGAUGUGGUGGGUCCUAAGGAGGAGGUCACCCCGAAAAAGCUGGAGCCUGCCUCUAACAUUGACCUCAAGGAGAUUGAGAUGUAUUUCAGCGCUCUUGAACAGGACCAGGGGAGACUACAGCAGCUCCUGCAGGAGGAAAGAGAGGAGCAGGAGAUGGAGCUCACGGCUCUGAAGAGGGAGAAAUGCAGGAGAGAGCCGGGUGGAGAGAGAGGAUGCCCUGCUGUCUGCUCUAAGAUCUAUGGCUGUCAGCAGACAGAAGUUGAUGAAGGAACUCAGGGGCCAGUCAGCCACUCUGGUGAGUAUCACACACCUGGGUGCAGCAACUGCAGUGAGCAAAGAGGGGAAUAUCAAGAAAUGUUGGUGUUAAAGAAACCCCCCAUUUGCACCAUGGGUUGUGCUACUUCACACCAUGAAGACUGACCAAGCAGAGGAU